GAGUUCGCCUUUUUUCCGUUUAGUUUAGCGUUAGCCAUGCUGCAGAUUCGGACAGCGUCGGGUGAAGGACUCCUUUCCCUGAACUUGGCGAGCUUUCUCGAGAUGCUCCCUUCCGGCAUGCAUCCGGUCCGGGCAUUGAAACAGCACUUGCAAGGAAUGUGUGGGCUGUCAAGGUUCCGGCAAAGGUUGGUUUUCCUGCACGAUGGGGGUGGUGAUGAUGACGCUGUGUUUCUAGAUGAAGAUCAAAGCUUGAGAUCCGGCGAAGUUCAGGUCGUGCUUCUAAACUUCUGCCCAACAUCAGACACGCAAGUGGCAGCACUUCGGGAUGCCGCAACACAUGGCCUGACAUCAGAGGUGGAGAAUAUUCUGCAAAGGCCACAAGACCCUGAUUUAACAUGUUUCGGCCAUCCGCCCCCACUGCUUGAGGCAGCCGAGUGUGGCCACCUCGAGGUCAUACGCCUUCUGCUUGAGGCGAAGGCAGACCAGGACAAGGCCUUCGACGAUGAUGACGGCAACACGGCAUUGCAAGUUGCAGCACAAAGUGGGCAGCUGGAGGUUGUACGUCUUUUGUUGGAUUCCAAUGCAGACAUGGACAAAGCCAUGCAUGAUGGCUCCACCCCGUUGUUCGCUGCAGCUCAUGACGGGCAACUGGAUGUUGUAGGCCUUUUGCUGGAAGCCAAAGCGGACAAAGACAAGGCCAUGCAUGAUGGCUCCACCCCGCUAUUCAUUGCAGCUCAGGAAGGGCAUUUGGAGGUUGUGCGCCUUCUGCUGGAGGCCAAUGCAGACAAGGACAAGGCCAUUAAUGAUGGCGCCACCCCGUUCUUCAUUGCCGCCCAGGAAGGGCACUUGGAGGUUGCGAGUCUGUUGCUGGAGGCCAAUGCAGUUACAGACAAGGUUUUGCAUGAUGGCACCACCCCGUUGUUCAUUGCCGCCCAGGAAGGGCAUUUGGAGGUUGCACGCCUUUUGCUGAAGGCCAAGGCAGACAUGGAUCAAGCUGUGCAGGAUGGCGCCACACCUUUGUACAUUGCAGCUGAGACCGGGAACUUAAAGGUUGCACACCUUUUGCUGGAGGCCGAUGCAGACAAGGACAAGGCCACCCAGGAUGGCGCCACCCCGUUGUUCAUUGCAGCUCAGACUGGGCAGUUGGACGUGGCACGCCUUUUGCUGGAGGCCAAUGCGGACAUGGAAAAGGCUAUUAUUUAUGAUGGCACCACCCCGUUGUUCAUUGCAGCUCAGAGAGGGCGGUUGGAAGUUGCAAGCCUCUUGCUGAAGGCCAAUGCAGAUAAGGACAAGGUUAUGCAUGAUGGCGCCACCCCUUUGUUCAUUGCGGCUCAGAGCGGACAGUUGGAAGUUGCGCGCCUCUUGCUAGAGGCCAAUGCGGACAUGAACAAGGCCACGCACGAUGGCUCCACCCCGCUGCUCGUUGCCACUGAGAGAGGACACCUGGAGCUUGCACGACUUUUGCAGGAGUCGAACGCACAAAAAAGAAGAAGGUAUCGAUGA